CUAAAUGAUGUUGAGCAGGUGAACGAGGCCUCAGCCAGACCACCUCAGUGGUGACACUUGUGUUAUAUUGAGGAAAAACUUGAGUAUUUGUGUUUGUUGUAUCUUGGUAGCCUCUGACAGGCAGGAUGAGUAAGGGCGGAGGCAAGAUCUUCACUCCUACUAACCAGAUCCGUCUGACUAACAUAGCGGUGGUGCGUAUGAAGAAGGGUGGGAAGAGGUUUGAGAUCGCCUGCUAUAAGAACAAGGUUCUUAGCUGGCGUCAGAAGAUAGAGAAGGACAUAGAUGAAGUACUGCAGAGUGAAACUGUCUUUACCAAUGUUUCCAAGGGUCAAAUUGCCAAGAAGGAAGAGUUGAUCAAAUGUUUUAACUCUGAGGACCAGAAACAGAUUUGCUUGGAGAUUUUGGAGAAAGGGGAGUUACAGGUUUCUGAUAAAGAGCGACAGGCAGGCCAAGAGGCUUCCGUUAAGGAAAUUGCAGCAAUUGUGUCAGACAAGUGCAUAAAUCCAGAGACAAAGACUCCAUACACAGUUUCCAUGAUUGAGAAUGCAAUGAAAGAUAUUCAUUUCUCACUGAAUCCCAAGCGUAACAACAAGCAGCAAGCUCUUGAUGUUAUUAAACAACUGGCAGGGAGGAUUCCCAUUCAACGUGCCCAGAUGAAGGUGCAAGUGACAAUCCCUGGUAAAGAUGCCAAAAAGUUGAAAGAGAAAGUUAUAUCAAUGAUAAAAGUUGAAAGUGAAACAUUUGAUCCUGAUCUAAAUAUAGUGGGCCUCAUUGAUCCAGGUCAUUUCCGCACCAUUGAAGAAACCAUCACUUCUCAGUCAAAGGGUCGAGCCAAAAUUGAGGUGAUGAGCUUAAAAGAUGUUAGUGAUGCUGGAGAUUUGUCCUUAACAUAGUCGUCUUGAUAUUCUUGAGAGAUGCAUUAUCUUGCUCUUAUUUAAGUUUGUACAGACAUGUUUGCAGGUUCCAGAAGGGAUUGAUGUCUACAAACUACCUGGUCAUUGGAAUUCAAGCUUUUUCAUUUUUAAAGCUUGUGAAAGCUGCAUUUUGCUAAAAUAAAGACAAAUCAUUUUUUUUCAUAUAUCUAUAGAUAGGGAGAUGAUUAUCCUUUACAUUACAUAUAAAAAGUAAUGUAUACUGUAUACAUAAUUAGGAAAAUUUGUUGAGCUUUUGUUUUGAGUAUUUCUUGUGUUGCAAGCUUAAUAAAUUACUUUUUCUUUACAAUUUCGUUGAUAUAAGUUGCAUUAAAAGAUCUUUUUUGUUAAGUCAGGAGAGUUAUUAACAUUGUUUGACUGGAGUGAAUAAACUAUUUUAUAUACACACUAUUACAGUAACAUGAUACUGUAUUUUGAGAUGUAACACAAAUCAUUGUUAUCAUUCUGUAGGGAUGGCAAGCGAUUGACAAUUUAGGGUAAUGCACAGUGCACUUGCAUUUUUGCAAAAGCUUGUGUCUUACUAGUGGAGGUAUGUACCAGUAUGUUUUGCAAAAGUUAUCUCUGCAUUUUUCUUCUGGAGUACAGUAACAUACAAGUUAUUUUAUGGUUAUUUUAUAUAACCAGACUUGAGUCAUGGAAAUGGGAAGUACAAUGCCUACACUCUAAAGGAGGGGUUUGGGAUAUUGGCAGUUUGGAGAGAUAUAUUGUGUAUUUUUAUACGUAUAUACUUCUAAACUGUUGUAUUCUGGGCACCUUUGCAAAAACAGUGAUUGUGUGAGUGAGGUGAAAGUGUUGAAUGAUGAUGAAGCCCUUGUGGCUUAGCGCUUCUUUUUGAUUAUAAUAAUAACGAAUGAUGAUAAAAGUAUUUUCUUUUUGGGGAUUUUCUUUCUCUUUGGGUCACCCUGCCUUGGUGGGAGAUGGCUGACUUGUUGAAAAAAAAAAAGUUUUUUUUUUAUAAUUCAUCCCUGAACUUUGUGUCAUUAUUUGCAUUAUAAAACCAGUGCUAGUAGUAUACCUGGAGAGGGUUUCAGGGGUCAACGCCCCUGCGGCCCGGGCUGUGACCAGGCCUCUAUUUAAUAAAAUUUUUGAUAAAUUUUUUUUCGACAAUCCGGCAGUAUCCCACCAAGGCAGGGUGACCUAAAAAGAAAAACGAAAGUUUCUCUCUUUUAAAUUUACUAAUGUAUACAGGAGGAGGAGUUACAAGUCCCUUACUCCUGGCAUUUUAGUUGAUGUACUACAUGCAUGACUUAAAGAAAGAAUUCUGUUCCACUUCCCCAUGGAGAAUAAAUUUUGAAUAGUUAUUGAAUUAUUUAUAUAUGGAAUAAAUCUAUUUCACUAUGAAACAUUACUAAAAAAUUUACAUGGAAAAAUAUACUCUGUAUUACAGUAGGCAGCUAAGAAAUGUAGCAAGAAAGUAGAAAAGUGCAUAAGAGAGUUAAAAAGAACAGAAGGAAAUGUAUCGUUAUUGUAUUGAUUUUGUAAAUUAUGGGGCUGUUUGUAGGCAAAACAAAAGUGAGACACUUUUCCAUCAAAAAAAAAAAAUCCAUGUCAGAAAGUUCCAAUUAUUUGCUCUAUGAUUCUAGGUUAUCUUAUUUCAGUUUUAUGUCUGGCGGUAUUUAAAAGUACUGUACUACUGUGUUUUGAAAAGUGUUUAAACAGAUUUUUAAGUUUCAGCCAUCACUAAUUUCAUAUUUAUACCAGCAUUUAAGACAGGUUUAUAUGAAUUUGAUGUUUGUGUACAGGCAGGCCCCGCUUUACAGCACUUUGCUUUGCGACGUUUUGCACAACGGUUUCCAAUUAUACCCAUUCUUCAUUUAUUCAGACUUCCUACAAUAAAUAUAUUCACCAUUCACUAAAAACUAAGGAUGAAAAUUAUUUUAAAGGAAUGUGUACACUGUAUAUGCAUUUUUCAGGUAUAGCUCUGUUACUCACUUAAUAUAUGAUAGUGUAAACAUGUUAUCAGGCUUUUAUAUGCAUUUGAAAGUAAAAAAAAAAAUUGCUGUGUUUCAGUAGCCUGGAACCUAACCUGCUAUAUAAGUGGGGCCCUCCUGUAUUUGUGAUGUCAUCAGUCCAUCCAUUAAUGGCUUUCACUCUCUAGAGAAAGUUAAUUAUUUAAUGUUAACACUUUAUUGAAGAUUUUGUUUAAAGUUAAAUUAAGACUGAAUAAAAAUUAACAUAUUUAUAAAA